CAAUUCAUGGGUUCUCUUUGAAGUAGUUACCCUGUUGAUGAUGUCACUGGAGAAGUGAGGUGCAAGCCACAAGGAUUUGCCCCUGAGCAGUCACCCAGCUCGGCUGUUCACCAAGCUUCACCUGAUGACCUUUGACUGUUUCCAGAAAUCAAAGAUUUGUUACCUCUGAGGACAUCGAAAAUGAAGUUGUGCCAGUUUUUUUGUUUUGUUUUGUUUUUAAAAUCACCUUUGUCCCUUUGAUCAAAGGUGAGAUGGUUAGAAUGACCAUGCAGUGGCCUAGAACUCAUGGUAACAUGUUUUUUAGGACCACUGGUUUAAGAAAGCAGCUUCAACCAACCCCAUCACUUUGAAAAUUAACCUCACAGAGUAUCAGAUGCAGCUGCUUCCCUUUGGAGAAAUGAGGACAAGCCAGAGGGCUAUUUUAAGGGUAAUUACAAUAUCUGUCAUUUAGGGAGCAUUUAUGUGUUAGGGCUUUUCUUACAGGGUCACUGAUCUACACACAGUCCUGGGUAGCCAUCCCUACCCUCCCCCCGUUUUCCAGAUGAAGAAACUCAAGCCACUCAGCCAGGACUUGAACCUAAAUCUGUUUCCUCCAAGCUGGGGCUCUUUAUUCACCUUUCUUUUCACUGUUUCUUAUUGAAGACAAAGCAGAUGACCCAGGGAUUCCACUUGAGUCCCUGAGAGAAAACGAAGGCCACGCCAUUUAGCUCAGAGAUGAACAGGGCAGACUUGACUUGCAGGAGGCGCUAAGCCUCGGGCGUGAUGAAGGGCAGUGGCUAAGUGCGAAUGUCCAGCAUUCAGGAUGUUUUCAAGUCAGCAAACAUUUACUGAGCAACUACUAUGUACAAGAUGAAUAUCUGCAACAAGCCCUCCAACAAGACAGCUCCUGAGAAGAGUGUGUGGACGGCGCCCGCACAGGCCAGCAGACCCUCGCCGGAGCUGCAGGGCCAGCGGUCCCGCCGGAAUGGGUGGAGCUGGCCCCCUCACCCGCUCCAGAUUGUGGCUUGGCUGCUCUACCUCUUCUUCGCUGUCAUUGGCUUUGGGGUCCUUGUUCCCCUCUUGCCUCACCACUGGGUGCCCGCUGGCUAUGCUUGCAUGGGCGCCAUCUUUGCCGGCCACCUCGUGGUUCACCUGACUGCUGUCUCCAUCGAUCCAGCAGAUGCCAAUGUGCGGGACAAGAGCUAUGCAGGGCCACUGCCCGUCUUCAACCGCAGCCAACACGCACAUGUCAUUGAAGAUCUGCACUGCAACUUGUGCGACGUAGAUGUGAGCGCUCGCUCCAAGCACUGCAGCGCCUGCAACAAGUGUGUAUGCGGUUUUGACCACCACUGCAAGUGGCUCAACAACUGUGUGGGCGAGAGGAACUACCGGCUCUUUCUACACAGUGUGGCAUCUGCCCUACUGGGUGUCCUGCUCCUCGUGCUGGUGGCCACUUACGUCUUUGUGGAGUUCUUUGUCAACCCCAUGCAGCUGCGCACCAGUCACCACUUUGAAGUCCUGAAGAAUCACACAGAUGUAUGGUUUGUGUUCCUGCCCGCUGCCCCUGUGGAGACACAGGCUCCUGCCAUCCUGGCCCUGGCGGCCCUACUCAUCCUUCUGGGCCUGCUUUCCACAGCCCUGCUGGGCCACCUGUUCUGCUUCCACAUUUAUCUCAUGUGGCACAAGCUCACCACCUAUGAGUACAUCGUGCAGCAUCGCCUGCCACAGGAGGCAAAGGGGGCCCACAGGGAGCUCGAGUCAUGUCCCCCCAAGAUGCGGCCCAUUCAGGAGAUGGAGUUCUACAUGAGGACCUUCAGUCAUGUGCGCCCAGAACCCCCUGGCCAGGCCAGGCCUGCCACAGCGAAUGCCAAUCUUUCCCAGUUCUUUGCCACCCAAGGCCAAGUGGAAGCCCCGCCACCCUCUUCCCCAGAGACUCGGGCUCUGUCCCCCCGGAUCCAACCCCAGAAAAAGAGGAAGCGGCGAGCAUAUAAGGUGCCAACCUCUGGGACCUUGGACCCUGAAUCGCAGCUGCCUAGGCUGCCUGGGCCCCGGGCCCCAGGCCACAGCUCCAGCUCCUUGUCGGAUUCCGCGGGUGCCAGCCCAGUGCACGCCGCUGGGCCUGCAGGCGCCUACCACUCGGUAUCAGCCGAGUCCAUGGACGAGAUUCCAGUGGCACAGACCCGCCUGGGCAGCGCCGCUCUGGCCGCCCCAGGGGGCAGGGGCCGAGAGCCUGGGCUGGCGCUGCAGGUGCGUGCGCCCGCGGUUUUCGUGAGCCCGAGCAGCGGCAGGCCGGGGGCGCGGGGCGGCCCGGAGGCUGACCUGGAUUAGUCCGGAGGAGAGGCAGGAGGGCCAAGGAGUAGCGGCCAGCCCGGAUUCUCUAUGCAAACACCCCCACCCUCGCCGCACCGAGUGCACUUUAGGAGCCCCUGCGGUCGGCGGGAUGGGACCCCUUCCCCCACGACUCAGCAAUACCCGCCCCACCGGCCAUCAUGCUCCAAUAAAUUUUUUUUUUUUAAAUGC